AUGGAAGCAAAGAAGAUUAUUGGCUUUGGCAGUCCAUUGCUUGAUAUUCAAGCUGAAGUGUCAGCAGAAUUCCUUGAGAAGUACGGAUUGACUCUCAAUAACACAUAUUUUGCAGAGGAGAAACAUUUACCACUAUAUGAGGAAUUGAUUAAUAUUCCAACUCACUCCCAUGUUCCAGGAGGAUCUGCUCUUAAUACUAUUAGAUUGGCUAGAUGGAUGGCUUAAGCAGGGUAAGGUCAAGUCAAAUUUAUUGGUUGUGUUGGAUAGAAGGACAAAUUUGCCAAUAUGUUAAUUGAGGUUACAAACUAAGAUGGAGUGACAACCUUAUUUGAUGAAUAAGAUCAACCUACAGGUAAAUGCGGAGUGUUAUUAUGCAAUAAGGAUAGAUGUUUGGUUCCAUUGAUAGGUGCAGCUGCUCAUUUAUCUGAAGCAUAUGUUGAUUAACAUAUUGAAGAUAUCAAAACUGCCACUGUAUUAUUUAGUGAAGUGUAUUUCUUGUAUCCAAGAGCUGAACUUACAAAGAAAGUUUAUACAAUUGCAUCAGAAAGUGGAGUGAACACAUGCUUGACUCUUUCAAGUGUAAAUGCCGUAAGUGAUAAAUUCAACGAGAUUUUGGCUGUUCUCCCAUAUGUUGAUUACUUGUUUGGUAAUGAAGAGGAAGUUGAUUAAUUUGCUAAGAAUUUGAAGUUUGAGGGCGAUCUCCCAUAAGUGAUGUAAUAAAUAGCUGGAUAUGAAAAACAUGGACAAAGAGAGAGAGUGGUUGUAUGCACUUAAGGUAAGAAACCAACUUUGAUUGCUAAAAAGAAUGAAAUCAUAACAGUUGAAGUUUAGUUGAUUGAUGCUUCAAAGAUCGUCGAUACAAACAGUGCUGGUGAUUCUUUUUGCGGAGGUUUUAUUGCAGAAUUAUUGAAUGGUCCAGAUCUUGUUAAAUGCGCUAAGGCUGGAAAUUAUUCGGCAUCAUAAACAAUCCAACAUGAGGGUAGCACAAUUCCAAAAUAUGCACCAGUAAAAACAUGGUGAAAAGAUAUUUGUUAUUACAUAAAAUAAUAAACAUAAAAAUAUUUAC